AUGUCAUCUUCUUCUCGAAUAUCAACAUUAGUAGAAAGUGAAUCAUUACUUUUGAAUACAAUUAAACGAGCCUAUAAUGAAUAUGAAUAUCGUGAAAUAUCAUUAGAAAAACUUCAAAUAUUAAGUGAAAAAUUUUAUCAAAUAUGGAUGAGACCACAAAUAAUGUCAAAUAUAAUUAAUCGAAAUAAUGAAGGUUAUCUUGUAGUUGAAUAUCUUGAACAAUUAUUAUUAAAUGAUAAAAUGAAUGAUAAUUUUUUUAUUUUAAUUAUAAAUACAUUAAUUAAAAAUCAAAAUUUUUAUCAUUCAUUUUUAAAUGAUCAUAAAAGAUUUAAACAAUUAUUCAAUUUAUCUAUACGAAAACCUGUCUAUUUAAUGCGAUAUAUUGAACUUUUAUAUUAUUAUUGUCCGUUAAAUUUUAUUUCUAAUAUUGGUUUAGAAUUUUAUCGUUUUGUUGUUGAUACUUAUUUUAUUAAAUAUUUACGUCAAAUACCAUAUGAUAUUGAUUGGCUUGCAGCUUUUUCUACUUUACUUUAUCAAUUCUAUGAAAAUACAACUAAAAAUCUUUUAUCAACAGAAUUUAUUUUUACUAAUCAAAAAGAUGCUAUUGAUUAUUCAAUUUAUGUUAUUGAUACACUUCUUCAUCAUCAUUUAAAAAUUAAACUUACUAAAGAUCUUAUUUAUGACUUGAAAUUGAUUAAUAUAAUUAUCAAAACGAUUACUGUUGUUUGGAAACAAAAUCCAUCAACAGAAAAUUCUACACAAGAAAAGUAA